CCAUCUUUUAUAGAGAAAGAAUAAAAGGAAAAAAAAAGAGGGGGCGAUAGGGAGAGAUCAAAACAUAAAGCCGCGGAGAGAGAUGUUACAGAGACAAAAUCACGGAGCAAGAGCCAGAGAUCGCGAAUCUUCUUUUCCGGCCCCUUUAUUUUUAGCCCCAAGAACUGCUCGUUCCUCGCAAUAAAUUUUUCCCCUGAGCUCCAACUCCUCCUCCUCCUCCUCCUCCUCCUCCUCCUCCUCUUCUUCUUCUUCUUACAAUCUCUCUCACUACGACCUGGCGGAACAAACGAUUCUCUUCUUGGGUUCGGGUUUCCGGCUCCCAUUUUUGGAUCUUUCUCUGCGUUGAGUUCCUCGUAUCCGACCAAUCUGCCGUCGUAGAAUUUUGGAGGGUUUCUUGGUCGGAUUUGGGCUCCGAUUGAUGGAAUCAUCCGGCGGGAGCUCCGAUCCUUACAGGAGCCAGAGCGCCGGCAGCGGUGGGGGCAGCGGAGGUUCUUCGAGGCGGUAUGGAGUUCACUUCUCGGCCUCCAAUUUCAUCCAGGCGCCGCUGUCCGCGCUUUUGGAGUAUUCUGGGAUUUUACGGCCGAGAUCGAGUCACCACGAGAACGAGAGCUUGAUCAGUGGAGCGAUCGGCAGUGGCUUGCGAGACCGUGUUUCCGGCCGGCUUGAUGAUCCUGCUGUCGCAGCACUGGCGGCGAUGGUGAGGUCUCGAUAAGGAUCAUUGGCGUCGGGGAUCAGGAGACUUUGAGGGCGGGUUCCGGCCAGCCGCAAGCACUGGCUGUCGGUCCGGGUAGAGAGGGGAAUUCCAGUGGUAAUGGUGUUAGUUCUGAGACGAUUCCGACUGUCUCUGAGAGGCAGGGAGGUGAUGGUGGGGUUGGAGAGGUGACUUCGUCAUCGUCCUCUUCUCUUCCAUCAUCAAUCUCUGCGGCUGGUCCUCAGAGCACGGAAGGUGAGGCGAACGUUACAGGAGGUAGCAACAGGGAUUCUUCGUACCAAAGAUACGACAUGCAGCAGAUUGCAAGAUGGAUUGAGCAGAUUUUGCCAUUCUCGUUGCUUCUGUUGGUGGUGUUCAUCAGACAGCAUUUUCAGGGUUUCUUGGUCACGAUUUGGAUUGCUGUUGUGAUGUUCAAGUCUAAUGAUAUAUUACGGAAACAGACUGCUCUAAAGGGAGAGAGGAAAAUCUCUGUGCUUGUUGGGAUUACAUUAGUUUUCGUGAUUCAUGUGUUUGGAGUCUAUUGGUGGUACAGGAAUGAUGACAUUCUGUACCCAUUGGUCAUGCUUCCUCCAAAGGAAAUACCACCUUUUUGGCACGCAAUUUUCAUCAUUAUGGUGAACGAUACUAUGGUGCGCCAGGCAGCUAUGGUUGUUAAGUGUGUGCUGCUCAUGUACUACAAAAACAGCAGGGGCCGUAACUAUCGUAAGCAGGGUCAGAUGCUCACAGUUGUGGAGUAUCUAUUGCUUUUGUACCGUGCUUUGUUGCCAACUCCAGUUUGGUACCGAUUCUUUCUAAACAAAGAAUAUGGUAGCCUCUUUUCAUCUCUUACAACAGGGCUCUAUCUUACAUUCAAGCUGACAUCAGUUGUUGAGAAGGUUCAGUCAUUCUUUGCGGCACUGAAGGCAUUGUCACGCAAAGAAGUGCAUUAUGGGUCUUAUGCAACAACAGAACAGGUUGUUGCAGCCGGUGAUCUGUGUGCUAUCUGCCAGGAGAAGAUGCAUGCUCCCAUUCUGCUUCGCUGUAAACACAUAUUCUGUGAAGAUUGUGUCUCUGAAUGGUUUGAGAGAGAACGCACAUGCCCAUUGUGCAGGGCGUUGGUGAAACCAGCAGAUCUUCGCUCGUUUGGUGAUGGUUCCACGAGCCUGUUUUUCCAGUUGUUCUAGAAUACGCUGGCAGCAAACUAAACUGUUUACCUCUAUCCCAACUCUGGUCUGAAAUGAGUAGGAUGACCUCAUUUCCCUGCUUUGCCAUUACGACCCGUGUUCGAUGUACCCAGAUCCACACCCGUGUUUUUGCUGGAAGCCUUAACUGGAAUUACCUGGGACAGCUGCUUUUCUUCUCUCUUUCUUUCUUUCUUUUUUGUUCAUAUUUCCGUAACCAAUCUAUAUAGGCCCUUGUUGGGAAAUUUUAACGGAACAGAUGGAGAAGUACGAUAUUAUAUAUAAGUAUAUAAUUUAUAUUAGAGUGUGAAAAGUUAUUUAAUAUAUGAGCAUCUUUUCAAUA